GCUUAUUUUCAGAGAAUUGCUGAGAUAAUCCAUUUUUUAAUUGUAAAUACAAUUGUGUUUAAAUAUAAACAUGUUAACUAUAAGCCUUGUCAAAUGUUUCAAUGAAUUAUGGAUAAACAUUCCUCGAAACAAAUUGUCAAGAAAUAUCAUAUACGUCAAUAGAAUUGCUAGAUCAAUGUCAUCAGUAGAUCUUAAAAAAGUUGAACAUUUCACAAUUAUGAAAAACUUGUGGUGGGACGAGAACGGCCCGGUAACUGCCCUUCAUUCAUUCAAUCCGUUCAGAAUACAGUUUGUGAAAGAUGGAUUGGUAAACAUUAAAAUACAAAAUUCAAAUCUUCCUUUGAAAGGCAUUAAAAUUGUGGAUGUUGGCUGUGGUGGAGGUAUACUAACUGAGGCUUUAGCUAGAACAGGAGCCCAAGUAACUGGAAUAGACGUAUCGGCAGAAUUAAUAAAUGUUGCUAAAGAGCAUUUAAAAUUAGAUCCCAACAUACCAGGAAAAGUGAAUUACAUUCACACAACCGUGGAAGAUUUUGCUCAGAGGGAGAGCAAAAACAGCACAUACGAUGCUGUUGUAGCUUCUGAAGUUUUGGAGCAUGUAUCAAAUCCAGAACUAUUUUUAAAGGAAUGUGCGAAAAUUGUAAAACCUGGCAAAUCGAUUUUUUUAACUACAAUAAACAGGACUCUAAUAUCUUGGUUAUCUAUUGUUGUAAAUGCUGAAUAUAUAUUUAGAUGUGUACCUUAUGGUACUUUAAAAUGGAAUAAAUUUAUUACUCCUCGUGAAGUUGAACAUAUAUUAAAGAAUUAUGAUUGCGAAACGAAAUCGAUUCGUGGUAUGAAAUUUAAUCCAAUGUUAAAAAAAUGGUCUCGGUCGUCAAGUGUAUCUACUAUAUAUAUGCUUCAGGCAGUCAAAAAAUUUAGUGUUACAAACACGAUGGCUUUAAAUGUUUUCAAAUCUUCUAAUGGAUUAUGGGGAAACAUUUUCCAAAACAGAUUAUUAGGGAACGUUGUACGUAUCAAUACAAUCAUUAGAUCAAUGUCGACGGUGGAUCAAAAGGAAAUCGAUGCGAUUACCACUUGGAGAAACUUUUGGUGGGAUGAGAACGGUCCAGUACGUCCUCUUCAUGAAUACAAUCCAUUGAGAUUACAAUUUAUAAAAGAUGAAUUGAUAAACAAUGGAUUAAAAAUUCAAAAUCCAGACCUUCCAUUAGAAAAUAUAAGAAUUGUAGAUAUUGGCUGUGGUGGAGGUAUAUUUACUGAGACUUUAGCCAGAGGGGGAGCGCGAGUAACUGGAAUAGACGCAUCGGAAGACUUAAUAAAUGUUGCUAAAGAUCAUAUAAAAUUGAAUCGCAAUAUAUCAGAAAAAGUGCAUUACAUUCACACAACCGUGGAAGAUUUUGCUCGUAAGGAGAGCGAAAACAGCACAUACGAUGCUGUUGUAGCUUCUGAGGUUUUGGAGCAUGUAUCAGACCCACAACUAUUUUUAAAGGAAUGUGUGAAAAUGUUGAAACCUGGCAAAUCGAUUUUUGUAACGACGAUAAACAGAACUUUAAUAUCUUGGUUGUCUACUAUUAUAGCAGCAGAAUACAUUUUCAAAGCUAUACCUCGUGGUAUUCAUUCAUGGAAUAAAUUUAUUACUCCACAUGAAGUUGAAUGUAUAUUAAAGGAUUAUGGCUGUGAAACGAGAUCGGUUCGUGGCGCGAAACUUAAUCCAAUGAAAAUAAAAUGGUCUUGGUCAUCAACUUUAUCUACUUUUUAUUUACUACAUGCAAUCAAACAAAAA